UCGGUUCUUGAUAGGGGAUGCUGGUGGUGGUUCGGCGGUGGUGGUGGUGGCUCGACGGCGGCGGUGGUGGUGGUGGUGGCCGUUGUCGGUGCUGGCAAGCCAAGUCCGAGCGAAACGGCGCCAGUACUACUGUCGCCAGCAUCACGAGCGCAGCCACGAGGCCAAGUCAUGGACAUACUGGGAGCCGUUGGAGGCGAAGGCGGAGACGAAGAUGACAAGGAGAAGGAGGAGGAAGCCGAGAGGGAAAGGCAAGAAGCCAUCCGGGAGGCUGAGGAGCGAAGGAAGGAGAAGCACCGCAAAAUGGAAGAGGAACGGGAGAAGAUGCGACAGGAAAUCAGGGACAAGUAUAACAUAAAGAAACGGGAAGAGGUGCAGGAAGCGACCCAGGAGGAGCCUAACCCGCUGAUGCGUAAGAAAAAGACGCCAGAGGAGUUGGCCGCGGAAGCCGAAGCGGAGGACGAGGACGACAUCACCAGAAUCAAGAACGCGUUCGACACGCAUAUACAAGACAUCAAGGCGCAAGUACUGGAAGGUAAAUGCGAGCUCCAAUAAGCCUACCUGCACCCGUGAGCAGUGGCGGCGCCGAUGUGCCGCCAGGGCCGCAUCCGCCUCACAGCCCCAACGACACCACGCGGAAGGGAACGGGUCAGAUCCGACGUGUCGAGUAAGAAACCGAAGGGAAACAACGAUAUCGAGCCACCGAGAAAGAAGAAGCCGCCAGCGUCACCGUCCUCGUCUUCUUCGUCGUAGUCCGAUCGCGCCGAUCGAUUCGAGAUUCCGAUUGGGCCGGUCGCCUAUAGCUCCGGAGGAGAAUCGGUGAACAGCCAGCCGGCCGGCCGGCCGGGCCAGCUAGAGAAGCGCAAAGGGAGCAAAGUAAGCUGGCAAACGGCACUCGAGACGCACCGACGAUACAACACAAUACCAACGAUCGCGUCGAGGGUUUUCCACGGUGCGUCGAGCACGAUCUCGGGGGACUCGACGAGCGUCGACAUCCUCGAGUCGAUAUCGGCGGCUGCACGAUUUUUCCAGACCACCCUCUUCGACCCCUUUUCGUCGAUAUCGAUGUCUCGAGUGAGACGAAUCGGGCGGGUUGAUCGUUCCGACGAUUCGGGGCUACAAGCUGCAACAGAAAAGAGAGAGAGAGGUAUUAGAAACUGUGCGAAGAGGUUCGAGAAGGUUCAAGGGAAAGAGGGAAGGUGAGAUCGGUGGAGAUCGAUAUAGCGUCCAAAGUCCAAAUUUAUCCGAUCCAUCGUGAUCGCGGAAAGAAGAUUAAGGAAGACCGAUCGGCGAAGCAAAGGAAAAAGUUACCAGAGCAUAGAGGUCCAGAGUUCAAAUUUCUUCCGAUCGGUCGACGAUGAUCGGCGGACCUUGACAGCGAUCGGGGGACAGGAAACGAUUCGAACCACGUGGCUCCGGUCCCGAGUGUCCUCCGUCGAUGCGGAAGAUCCUGGAACCGGUUUAUAACGAGCUGGAAAUCAUUCGGCGAACAAUCGAAGGAGCGGAUGAAAAUUGGAAACGAUGAAGACAGCGAUGUGAAAUAAUUCAGCGGACGCUUGGAGGGAGAGAAGCGGAACAACCCAUUGGUCCCGUUGAAGAAGCGAAACGAUUCAGCGGAGAAGAGGAAGCUGGUUUGACGAUGAAGGCGCGAGGCUGAAGAAGAAGGUCCUCGUGGAACAAUUUGGAUACUCGGAGGACAGUUUCGCCGAUAAAAUUAGGGUCGAAGCAGAUGGAUUCUGGACACCGUGAAACAGUUUGGUGGACGCUUGGAGAAGAAGUACAACGAAUUGGACUUGGAGAAGGCACUUCUGAAGUAAUUUAACGGAGAAGUCGAAGCAGCUGGGUAUAGAAGCGAGUCCGAAGAAGAGGGUUCCGAUGAAAUAAUUUGGAUGCUUGGGUUCGAGGACGAACACGGGGAUGAAGAAAAGGGAUUUUGGACGCUGUGCAGAGGAUGAUGAGGAGGACGAGGGAAACGUAGUGGACGAGGAAGGUAGAGACGAAGAGGGACACGAAGAAGAGGGGUGUUUUCUGUGACAAUGGGAUUGGUCUCGAUCGGCGUGAACAGGGGAAGACGCGCGAGCGACGCGAGUGGAAGUUUGCGGGAGGGACACGGGGGAGCCGGGGGCGAUUCAUUCCGGAGAACGAUGACGGAACGAUGACGGAACGAUGACGAGGAGAACUGCAGGCAGACGCGGAAUAGUCGUCCGCGCCUUACGAUUCGGAGCUGGAAGAGGAACGCGAUCCGACGGAAGAGGAGAGACCGUCGCAGAGAGAUCGUCACCUCGAGCGAUCUCUUCGUCGGACGACGACGCGAUCGUCGGCCGAAGACACCGCGAGGAUCGAGUGGAUCGGGAAAAGGAUCGUCGCGAGCGUGGCUGCGGAUCGGUUCGAGUAUCUCUUCGUGUGAGAUCGUAAGAAGAUCGCGGCGCGGGCGAGACACGUGAGCGGUCGAAGGGCGCGUGCAUAUAAAUAUACUUAUACAUAUAAAUAUAAAUAAAGAAAAGUAUAAAUAUAUAAAUAAAUAAAUA